GACGUUGUAAAAAUUGCAGCAGAGCUUCCGCGCUCUCGGCUUUUUUGGAUCAAGCAGGCCGCCGUAGGGAGGAGCAAGCGUCGCCCUGGCAACGGGCAGGAUUUCGCUCAAUGUAGCUUUAGCAGGUUCUCAAGUGAAUAUAAAGAAAUAAACUAUUUGAAUUCAGACUUUAUCCCACCCGGCCAUAAUGGCGACAAGCAAACCGACCGUGUUCCUCCUCACAGUGAACGGACAAAUCGAAGGAGCCAAUUUUCCUGAGUAUGACAACUUGUACUGCAAAUAUUCUUUUGUCUACGGCCACGACUGGGCUCCUACCACGGGUUUGGAGGAAGGCAUCACUCAGAUUACCUGUAAAAGCAGUCAGUCUUCACACAAGUUAAUCUGGAACUUCCCGCUGGAGACGACAUUUAAGAGCACAAAUCCAUCUGGAUGGCCUCAGCUUGUUGUGAGUGUGUACGGCCCAGAUGUGUUUGGCAAUGAUGUGGUCAGAGGCUACGGAGCGACACAUGUCCCCUUCGCACCCGGACAGCAUACAAGAGUCAUCCCAAUGUUUGUUCCUGAGCCCACAUGGAGACUUCAGAAGUUCACAGGCUGGUUGCUGGGACGGCGACCCGAGUACACGGACCCCAAAGUGGUGGCCCAAGGCGAAGGCCGAGAAGUGACCAGAGUUCGCUCCCAGGGCUUCGUCACGGUCUCCUUCCACAUCAUGACUAAAGACCUGAAGAAAAUGGGUUACGACACCGGACCGUCGAUGCCCCUGAACGCACCGUCUGCCACAUCCAGCUGGUCCACUGAAGAACAGCCCUGCAACCAUUAGGAGCUUGUCCUCUCAAAAACAAAAAACUUUUUGUUUACAUCCCCACUGUAAAGCCACUGAUCUAUUUUCGAUAGUCCUGAAUUUUCAAGUUCUACUCAUUUUUUUUCUUACCUUUUUUUUAAAAAAAAAAAAAAUAAA